UUCGCGCUCCUAUAUAUACCCGCGAUGUUCACCGCAUAUGCGUAACAGUUCGAAGCUAACCGUAGCUAGGAGCGGAUCCGAACAGCGAAGAAGCAACCCGCAAACGCGUGUGGAAGCCAUCGCCCGAGCAAUGGCGCCAACGUUAAACAAGAUUCCUCGCGCGCUCUUCGCGGCGACGCUUCUCACCGGACUCAUAGCCGCGGCGUCGGCGUCGUUCGGACAUGAACAUGUACACAUCAAGAUCCAUCUACCGGAGAUGGUCAAGGAGAUUCACCACGAGAAGAAGAUAAUCAAGCACAUCGAAGACGGCGGACACGGUCACGGGGGUGGAGGCGAGUCGCACAUCGAACACGUCGAAAUAACGAGUCCAUCUUUGGGCGGUGGAUUCGGCGGAGGUCACGGAGGGGGUGGAUUCGGCGGAGGUCACGGAGGGGGCGGAUUCGGCGGAGGUCACGGAGGGGGUGGAUUCGGCGGAGGUCACGGAGGGGGUGGAUUCGGCGGAGGUCACGGAGGGGGUGGAUUCGGCGGAGGUCACGGAGGGGGUGGAUUUGAAGGACACGGAGGAAGUGGAUUCGGCGGAGGUCACGGAGGAGGUGGAUUCGAGGGACACGGAGGGGGUGGAUUCGGCGGAGGUUACGGAGGAGGAGGAUUCGGAGAUCACGGAGGGGGUGGAUUCGGGGGAGGUUACGGAGGAGGAGGAUUCGGAGAUCACGGAGGGGGUGGAUUCGGGGGAGGUCACGGAGACGUGAGCUCUUUCGGAGGUGGUGGACACGGCGGGGGUCACGGUAGCGGUAAUUUCGGUAGUUUCGGAGGCGGUGGAUACGGAGGACACGAAGGGGGUUACGCCUCGGGCCACAGCGUCGAAAUCGGCACCGGGUCAGGUCUGGAUCUGGGCGGCGGUCACGGAGGAGGCGGCGAUCACGGUCACGACGGUGGAUCCGGCGGCAGCUCGUACGGCGGAAGCUUCUCGGGUCACGACGUCCACAGCGGGGGUCACGGUGACUCCUACAGCGGCGGCGGCGGCAGCUCGGGCGGAUUCAGCGGAUACCAUUACAAAAAGUAAGCCGGUUCGAUCGCGCGAUCGAUCAUCACGGGGAGAUCCGACGCGGACUCCGAUCCAGUCGAAACUGCACACGAUCGGCGCCGUCAUGUGAAAGCGUGCCGAGCCCGUUCGUCGAUAUUUUCACUCCGAUAUCUCGGGAGGAAUUCUCACGCAGGAGUCGCACCUUACCCACUCUAAAAAAAGCAGGCCGAGCCGGAUCGGGUUUCGAACGCCGGGAGAGCCUCUCGCGACGUCAUCGCCGUCCGGUGUUACGUCGAAGAGAAAAAAAAAACUAAGGUACAAAUCGAUAACAAUUACGCGAACAGCUGCGGCACAAUGUUCGCCCGACUAUCGGACUCGGCGAGUCCGUUCGCACCGUCGAUCGCACGAACCCAUCGGUGGCUCAUCGUCCAUUCCACCAGCUAGUUUAUACCCUCAUACGAUUUGUUACGUUUGUAUAAUUUUAUUGUGAAUAAUUGAUCCUCUUGUUGUUAAAUUAUAUCCACGUAUAGAUGGUUUGUCAUAUGUUUGUUGUUGAAUGAAAAUGUUAUCGUUUAUAAA